AGACCAUCUCAAGAGGACAAUGUACCAGCUUUUGGGAAGAAAAAAGAAAGGAAGGAAGAGAAAUCAAAAGAAGGAGAGAAAAGAGAAAGGAAGGAAACUUGAUGGAGUUAACUAACUUACCUCCAAGCUCAAAUAAACUAAACUGAAAAAAUUAGUACUAAUAAAGAAUAAUGGUAACAGGUAGUGAACUCCUUUUAUACUAUUGCUUUAUGAGAAGACUUAACUAUUAAAAAUUCCUGAUACAGAAGGCGAAAGGCAAAGAUCUAGCACGCAUCAUUUCUCCUAGAAGGCCGAGACUUUUUUUUUUUUGAAAAUGUAGAAAACCAGUACAAAUGUACAAAACACACUAGAAAAUGCUCUCUUAUCUCUAGUUUGCUUUUUUUGUGUACAAACUGUUAACUUGAACAGUUUUCCGGUGCAAAAGGUCUCACCAGAAACUUUAGGAAAGAUGGGUGUGGGUGCGGGAAGAAGAAACUAAGCUGAGAAAACCCGGAAAAAUACUCGACGCAGCUGCUGCGGCCUUGGGUCAUCUCACCUCGAUCUACCCCGCGUGCUUGCUUUCGCUUGGGGUGGAAAGCGGGGUUCAGGGGCUCUUUUCAGCGGACUGAGAAAUCGCAGAGGCCAUGGGAACCCCAAGUCAGGACUCCCCUUUCCCGACAGCAGGGGUAAAGGGAGCGGGGGUCCCUUCGCUUCACUGUGCCCCAGCUCUACCGAGAGGCAGGCCUCUGGGAAACGAGCCGGGGACCUGGGGGCCCGGGCGGCCGCAGCUUAGUGGGCUGAGGUGCCGAUCAGGGGCACGCUUCGGAGCUCUGUCAGGGCCCAGCUCCCUCCUCCACACCCCAAAAUGCCGCCUAGGACGUGGGCAUCCCGAGCGGCAUCCAGAGCCGCUGAGAACCCGCCGAGGUUGCUCCUUGUCCGUUCUCCCGCAGCCGAGAGGCCAGCAUCGCGCCGGGACGACCCGGGGACCCGAGCCCGGGCGCCGCUGCAUCGCCUCGGGUGCUAGGCCUGGGAGCUUUGAGGCCGGUACAGUGAAACACCUUUAGGAGCAAGGAGGGAUUCCAGGUGUCCUCCCUCUGUACCCCAACUCCCUGCCCGGAUAUCUUCCACUCUUUGCCAAAGCUCCCACACACAAACUUUGUUCUGGACUUGUUCAGCCCCUUCGGGACCCACAGUUGUCGCCUCCAUCGGAGAAAGCGAGUGCCCCUGUUUCAGGGGGGAUUCCACUCUGGCUGGUCACCCGCAAACCUGAAAAACUAUCCUACGACUUCUUCCCCGACCCCCCUGGAAGUAGGGAGCACCACGAUCCGCAGAGGGCGCAUACCGACCGUAAAGAUUUUGGGGGGCAGAGGGUGCAAUUGUUGGGGGAAGAGAUGCGGAGAUAAACUUUGCGAGCCAGACCCCGACACUUCCCCCGUCCGUUUGCACCGUCUCCGGAACAACUGGCGGCCAGCGGCACUCUCCACCCCGGCCGCGACCCCAGCAGGUCAGGCGCGGGCGCCCCGACACCAGUCCCCAUCUUCUUGCAGCUCUGAACCUCCAAAGGCACCCCGUUCUAGCACGGGCCGAGGUGGAGUGUGCGCGUGGGGCGGGGAGGGGGGGUGCAGCGAGCUCC